GCCAAGUUGUUGGAGUCAUCCCACGCUUGGCUCGGAGCCUCCACAUCGAGUAUAGCAGACAGCUACCAGUAUCAGCUGCAAUCGAUGUGGCAGAAAUGUUGGAACACCAAUCAGAGCCUGGUCCACAAUCUGCGCUUUCGUGAACGUGGCCCGCUCAAAUCUUGGCGACCGGAAACGAUGGCGGAGGCGAUCUUCAGCGUCCUGAAAGAAGGAUUGUCCUUGAGUCAGGCAGCUAGGAAAUACGACAUCCCUUACCCGACGUUCGUGUUGUAUGCCAAUCGAGUACAUAAUAUGCUAGGUCCGAGCGCCGAUGGCGGAGCUGAUCUUCGCCCAAAAGGUAGAGGAAGGCCGCAAAGGAUUCUACUAGGCGUUUGGCCGGACGAGCACAUUCGCGGGGUGAUCCGAGCCGUCGUGUUCCGCGACGGUCAUUCCCCGCACAUGGUGAAGGAAGAGCCAACUAUAUAUCCUGGUCUGGCGAAUUACGCAGCUUGCAACGGUCCGGAAGGCGCGGUCAGUCCCGGAGCGGCAGCCGCGGCCGCGGUUGCCGCAGUCGCUCAAGGACUGCGGCAUCAAAUGUGCAGCAUGGUGGCGGCAGCGCACUCGCAACAGCACGACAUGAUGGCGACAAAUCUCUCCACGAACCUGUCCACGAGCCUCACGUCGAAUCUGCUUAAUGUGUUCAACGAGAAGGUAAAUUUGAACGAAACCAGCGGCAGGGUGGAGCAAAAGAAACUCAGCGAAUGUACAAAAUCUACAAGCAAACCCGACAAAAUUUCUGUUUUGGAUCAACCCACCACCGGUAAUACCCUGAAUGGCAUAUUCUCGUAA